AUGGAUUCAUUAAAAUUACCAACAACUGCUGCUCAAGCUAAGGUAUUUACUGGUCCAGAUUCAUUGUUAUUCCCAAAGGGUAUUGAUGGUGAAAGAGAUGAUGGAGAAGAGUCAAAACUGCAACAGACUGCUGGUGGUCUGCUGCUGCUGCAAACUGAAGGUGAUGUCAAAAUCAAGAAGGAACCUUCUGAUGUAAUUGAACCAAAACAAGAGGAUGAUGAUGGCGCCACAUCUGGUAUUGUUCCUACUUUACAAAAUAUUGUUGCCACUGUCAAUUUAGAUUGUCGUUUAGAUUUAAAAACAAUUGCAUUGCAUGCUAGAAAUGCUGAAUAUAACCCAAAAAGAUUUGCAGCAGUUAUCAUGAGAAUUAGAGAUCCAAAAACUACUGCAUUGAUUUUUGCUUCUGGUAAAAUGGUUGUUACAGGGGCUAAAUCUGAAGAUGAUUCUAAAUUGGCAUCAAGAAAAUAUGCCAGAAUUAUUCAAAAAUUGGGAUUUAAUGCUAAAUUCUGUGAUUUUAAAAUACAAAAUAUUGUUGGUUCAACAGAUGUUAAAUUUGCUAUUAGAUUAGAAGGUUUGGCAUUUGCGCAUGGUACUUUCUCGUCAUAUGAACCAGAAUUAUUUCCAGGGUUAAUUUAUAGAAUGGUUAAACCAAAGAUUGUUUUACUUAUAUUUGUUUCAGGGAAGAUUGUUUUAACGGGUGCAAAGAAAAGAGAAGAAAUUUAUGAUGCAUUUGAACUGAUUUAUCCGGUGUUGAAUGAAUUUCGUAAAAAUUAA